UUAAAGCAACUUCAAGAGUUAGAUAUUUCCAGUAAUUAUAUCAUUGGUAACUUACCUUCAUGUCUGGCUAAUAUGACAUUUCUUCAAUCGUUAGAUCUCUCUUCCAAUAAUUUUGUCGGAAAUAUCUCUUUAUCUCCACUUACGGAUUUAACAAAUCUCGAACAUUUGGAUCUCUCACACAAUCUUUUCCAAAUUCCAAUUUCGUUGGGUCUAUUUUUCAACCAUUCAAAGUUCAAACACUUUAAAAGUCAGGGUAACAAUGAAAUAUAUGGAGAAAAAACUGAACAAAAUUUGACCCCAAUGUUUCAACUAGAGACUCUUUAUAUCGAUAGUUAUGCAUGUAUUGAAGCAUUUCCCAAAUUCCUUUAUUAUCAGCAUAACUUACGAGUAGCCAGUCUGCAAAGCUUGAAAUUGAGAGGAAGAUUUCCAUAUUGGUUGUUACAAAACAACACAAAACUAGAAGAACUUUACUUAAAUAACAAUUCUCUCUCAGGGCCUCUUCAAUUACCGCUUCAUUCCCAUUUGAAUUUGUCAUUCUUAGAUAUCUCAGAUAAUCUCUUCCAUGGAAUUAUUCCACCAGAUAUUGGAACACAUUUGUCGAGAUUGGAACUUGUAGACUUGUCUAAAAAUGAUUUCAAUGGUAGCAUUCCUUCAUUUCGAAAUAUGAGCCUAUUGCAAAUUUUAGACUUAUCCAAUAAUGAUAUUUCUGGAAGCUUACCCUCUGAUUUUAGCUGUUCACAUAUGAUAGAAGUUCAUUUGUCCAGAAAUCAGCUUCAAGGAUCAUUAGAAGAUGCAUUUUUCGAUUGCCUUCAAUUGGUUGUGUUAGAUCUUAGCCACAAUAAUAUGACUGGAAGCAUUCCAUCAUGGUUUGAAAGGUUUUAUCAAUUGGCCUAUAUGAUUUUGGGUCAUAAUAAUAUUGAAGGGGAAAUCCCAAUUCAGUUGUGCAAUUUGACCCAAUUAAGCUUGAUUGACCUUUCACAUAAUAAUCUGUCUGGUCAUAUUCCCCCUUGUCUAAGAUCUACAAGCAAUUUUGCUCGCUUGUCUGAUCAUGAAAAGAUAGAGUUCACAACGAAGAGGAAUAUCUAUUCUUACCAACCAAGCAUGCUGUAUUACUUCUCAGGAAUUGAUCUCUCAUGCAACAAGCUGAUAGGCCAAAUUCCUAUCCAAAUUGGUAACCUCAAUGAGAUCCAUGUACUAAAUUUAUCCCACAACAAUUUGAAUGGAAAAAUUCCAGCAUCAUUUUCUAACUUGAGUCAAAUUGAGAGCUUGGAUCUUUCACACAACAACUUGCAAGGGAACAUUCCUUCUCAACUCACUGAGUUGGAUUUUUUGGAAGUCUUCAAUGUGUCAUGCAAUAAUUUAUCUGGUAGAACACCGGAAAAGGUUAAACAGUUUGCAACAUUUGAUGAAAGCAGUUAUCGAGAUAACCAUCUUCUUUGUGGAUGGCCAUUGCAAAAAGAUUGUGAUCCUCCAUCAAUCUCAAGAAGUUCAAAUGAUGCUGAAGAAAGUAAUUGCUUCAUUGACAUGGAAGAUUUUUAUGUGAGUUUUGGGGUGGCUUACGUUAUGGUGUUGUUGACAAUUGCUGGAGUUUUAUUCAUAAAUCCAUAUUGGAGGCAAGUUUGGUUUUACUUCGUUGAGGUUAGUAUAGACAAGUGCUACUAUUUUCUAAUAGACAAUCUUGGUAAGUUUAAAUUAUUUUGAUGGUGAAAUCAAUAUCAAGAAUUAUGUAUUUAUGUACUUUUACUUUCAACAUCAAUAAAUAAUGUAAAAUAUGCAUUUCCUUUA